AUGGUCUCUAAGGAUCCAAUCGAGCGGUCUCUGCCCGUUGCGAAUGGCGAUGACAACGCCUCCCCAACACGAUCCGAGACCGACGAGAAGGGCAUCGCAGACGCUACGACUUAUCCUUCUGAUGAUGCUGAAUCAAUCAGAGACUUCCCAUGGACGUGGAAGGCUACCGCUCUCAUCUGUGGUGUUGCCCUCUCCUGGGGCUCGUCUUUCUCCGAGAACACCCUUGGCCCUCUCAAGAGCACUUUGAUCAAGUAUCUGAAUAUCAACAACUCUCAGUACGGAGCUAUUUCCUCGGCCACAUCGCUCGUGAACACCGUUCUUCCGAUUCUUGGGGGUUACGGGCUCGACCACUAUGGUGUCGAAUGGGGUUCUUUGGCGUGCUCAGUAGCAAUUUUCAUCGGCGCGGUGAUAUCAGCGGCUGGCUCCAAUCAGGAUUCAUUUGCUCUAGUAGUCGCUGGCCGAGUAAUCAUGGGUUUUGGCAGCACUGUUAUCGAGACAUGCACAUCUAAGAUCUUGGCCCAUUGGUUCCAGCAUAAGGGACUCGGUUUGGUGUACGGCUUAGAUCUGUCGAUCGGAAAACUCAUCGUCCUCAUUGCGAAAGCCACCGCGGUCCCUAUGCGAGAUGCUACUUCAUUCUGGGGCUGGGCGCUCUGGAUCCCCGCCAUCGUUUGUUUCGCCAACCUUUUGCAAAACAUCUUCUACGUCUGGUGGGUCUGGACACGUCCAGCCUGGACUCGUAUGCCCACAGGCCAGGAACGAGCCAUGGAGAUCACUCGCCGUGAACGUCUGCAGGCUGGUAACACCGAAGUUGCGACUACCAACACCAGCAAGAGUACCCGCACAUUGCGAGCUCUUCCUGACUGGAGCUCCCUCCUCCGCGUCCCUCGCUUCUUCUGGCUCGUUGCCUGCACACAAAUUCUCCAAGCUGGUGUGGUAGGCGGGUUCAACGGUCUCAAUGCCGACAUCAUUACUGAGACUCGAGGUUCCACCGCUCAGCUUGCUGGAUACACAUCCGCAGUGCAACAGGUCAUCCCUGUCAUCUGCGCACCAUUGAUCGGCUCUUACUUUGACUUCUUCGGUCACCGAAUGGUGUUUGUCAGUGUCACAUCUGCCAUUUGGAUUCUGGUUUAUUGCCUCAUUGGAUACACACAGACGAAUGCUCUUGGCUCCAUGGUCAUCGCAUCUGUGGCUUCGACAAUGAAUGCACUUCCCUUCUUGGCAUCGAUUCCCCUCAUCGUCCCUGACCAGCUCGAACUUGGACUCGUAUUCGGAAUCUGGAAGGUUUUCAAUAAUGCUGGAAGCGUCAUCGUGGACAUGAUUGCCGGAAGACUGCAAGACAUAACCCCUGGAGGCACAUAUGAGCGUGUCAUCGCCUUCUUUGUGGCUGUCAAGGGUCUGGAGUUUUGUCUCGGCCUGUUCUACGGGAUCUUGGACCGAAAGUAUCUUUCGGGAAUUCUUAGCAUCAAUAACAAGAAGCGGAUGGGACUUGAGAAAGAGGGCAAGCUUGAGGACUGCGUUGGACGCAAGCCAUCUAAGGUAUACACGGCAGUAGGCAUUAGUCUGGUCUGCUCGCUGAUUAUCAUCGCCUGGGUGCUGUUCAUUAAAUAUUCCAUUUGA